AUGUCGAUCCAGCCCCAGGCGUCUUUCAGCUCCGAGACCACUGCAGUCACCAGCAGAGGCAACGUGUAUCCCUCAGUCGAGGAGUUCGCAUCCUUCAAGCUGCCUCCCAAGCCGACCAUUAUCGAGCCGACCUGCGACGACAUCUCCGACCUCUCAGAUGAGUCGCGCCACGCGCGUCGACUUGCCCCCCGCCCAUUCACGCCGACUCCUCCCUCUCCCGUCACUACUGAGUCUACAGAUCGUAACCUGGACGAUGACACUCCCUCCACAGUUCACGGAGAGUCGAUGAUCAGCCCCCGAAACACCCUGGCCACUGCCAAGCGCGCUUCUUUGCUCACAGUCCCGGCCUCCCCCCGCUGGCCCUUUCAGAAUGCCACCCCUCGGGCGUCAGUCAUGGUGCCCAUCACCCGGAGCAUCACCGAGUCCUCCCAAGGCUUCAACCGCAGCACCAAAAGCAGCCAGGUCGGCCAGGUCAGCGUGUCCGAGUCCCUCGACGAGUUCCAGGUCAAUCACCCCAACGCGCGCCUUCUCUCGCUCCAUCCCCGACCUCUCACCUACCUCAGUGUCACGCGCAACCUCGCCAACAUCCCCGAGCUCGUCGAGAAGCCGCAAGGAGACGCCCAGCCGAGACAGAGCAUCCCCGCGACCUUUAGAGACGGCGCGGCAUCGCCUUUCGAUUACCACCACGGCCGCCGCUGGAGCCGCCACCUCAUCGACAUUCACCUCCACCGUCGCCACGGAGACCGUGACCGCGUCAUGGCCAACGCCGGGACGGAGACCUUCUGGUUCCAACGCAUCAGCGUCGAUUCCAACAUUUUCCGCGCUUCCGCCAUCCUCACCAUGUUCUUCCUCAUGAACUCCUUCAUCUCGGCCUCGUCCCUCGUCACUCUCGCCACCGCCCGGCUGAAUGUGCCCCACGGCCUCAUCGUCUGGGUCAUCGUCAGCCUGAGCACCUCCGUCUUCACCGUGACGAUCCUCUGCCUCAUGAACAACUUUCGCAACGCCGUCAUGCCCUCUGACGAGGAGAGCCAGAUCGACUCGGCCCACCAGCACAAACGCUCAUUCGACGCUCACGUGCAGCUGCCCCUGCCCGCCAGCCCCUCCGAGAUCCAUCACCGCCGCCAGCUCGCCGCACACGCGGCCCAGACGAACCACGAGUUGACCAAGAGCGCUCGCGGCUCCGAGAUGAUCCAGACUUCCCGCCCCUCCUCUGCUGGACCGGCCCUUGACUCUGCCACGCCCUCCUCCACCCGCGAAACUGACAGCGUCCACUUAAAGACCGACAAGACUCAGGAGCAGGACAAAGGCUCGGCUGCCGUGUACUGCUGGACUGACGUCUCUCUCGGCCCGGAGACCAGCUCCGACACCAGCUCCAUGACGGCUGUCAUCGCCACGACCUCCCAGGCGCCCACGAACAACCCGGCCUCGGGCAGCUAG